AUGGCAGAUAACGUGAUCCUGAUCAAAGAGAGCAAGACCUGGGAGGAGGCCUUAUAUUACUGCCAAGAUCACUACCAUGACCUGGUCUCCAUCACCAACCUUGACGAGCAGAGAUGGGUCCAAGAGAGAGCCAAGAUGGCCAACACACCCCACGUCUGGCUGGGACUGCGCUACACCUGCACUCUGGGUUUCUGGUUCUGGAUCAGUGACGAGGCAGUCGAAUACAAGAACUGGGACUCACCCGGACAGACGGAUGAAUGCGACAUGUCUGGAGCCAUGGACCGCGGAGGGCAACAUAAGUGGUUCAAAAAGAUUGACCACGGGGAGUUUAAUUUCAUCUGCUCUACGGAGUAAAACCCAUCUACUCAUUGGUAGCAGGCGUUUUAUUCAUUUACUCACUUUGUUUGCAGUGGUGUGACACUUAUAUAUGUUCUCUGAAUGGCAUUCUGGGAAAUGCAGGCAUCACAACCUAAGGGGGGAGGGAGAGUGGCUACACUUAAGUCAAUAACGAAGUAUCACAAGAUAACUGAUGAUGUGACCCUGUAAACAGGUUUUUCUCUCUCCUUAUUCUGAUUCAGGAACAUGUUAUUUUCUGAAGUUGACGUUCCAUUGUCUUUCUCUUGAAGUGUGUAUCUUUUAUUCAUCUUUUGAGGUUGUAUUUUGUUUCCCCCAUCUUUAUGGUAGGAAUAGGAUUAAAGCAGGCUGUUCUCAUACACCGUUCAUAGCUAUACCUAUGUAAAAUUAUGCACUAUAAUUUGUAUAUAUCCCACAAAAUCAAUUUGAUCAAUCAAAGUAAUCCAUGCAAUCGCGAAGCAGGAAGUGAUGUUUGUACCCCGUGUGAAACCAGUAGUCAACGUUGAUUUAAUUGUCACGUAACUUCCGUUCUUAAGGAACGUCCCCUCCUGUAGUUAUUUUAACCCAAACUACGAUCUUUUCCUAAACCUAACUAAGUUGUUUUGUUACCUAAACCUAACUAAAUUUUUUCCUGUGAAACCAGAAGUUUUUUUUUAAAAGACUGUGAUGUGCGGAAUUUGACACGUGUUGCUGGACAUUUGUAGGAAAAGCACAGAAAAAUGAAGAAUACGUUUUCAGAUAUCAUACGAAACGCUGAAUGACGAUAUGUUGCACCAAUCUAAACAGCAUGCUGGUUUGAUUUUACUUUCAUGUAUUCAAUAUAAAACACUUUACCUUCUUUCUUUGUUUUUUUUAUCAAGUUUUGGUGAAUAUCCGGUGGUGGUUAUAGGUUAUAUUAUGUUAAAUCUUUGAUGAUCACAAUUUUAGGGUUUUAUGUAAACAGAUAAUUGUUUUACUCUG